AGGGUAAUAUGUGUGAGGUUUGGGACCAUUUGAUUCUGUGUUUAUAAAUAUAUUAUAUUUAUCCGUUUCCCUCCCUCUGCCUCUGCUCUCGGACUCCCCAAAAAUGGCGAUGGCAUACCUCCACCAAUGACUUCAUAAAUCCAAACAUGUCCUUUUUCAAAUCCUUCGCUACUAACUCUCCCGCCUUCAAACCAAGGGAGGCUUCAAUGGCGGUCCUCUAUACCUCUCCUUCUCGGGUUUUGUCACAAAGAACCAGAUCAUCUUUUAGGAGGACUUCUGAUGGCUUGUUUCAUCUCAAAGGAAGCUCUUCGAUCAAAGUAUUUACCCUUUUUAAUACAACAAACUAUUCUACUUAUUCCUCUGAUGAGUUUCCUUCAUCAAAACGGAGGGCAAGGGGACCUGUUAUGGCUGCAAAGAAAGCUGCUGAAGGCGCAAAGCAGGAAGAUGGAAAAUACAAGCACACAGUUGAUCUGCCUAAGACAACUUUUGGCAUGAGAGCAAACUCUUUGGUUAGGGAGCCUGAAAUUCAGAAAAUUUGGGAUGACAAUCAAGUGUUCAAGAGAGUUGUUGAUAAAAAUUCAGGGGCAAAUUUUAUUCUUCAUGAUGGUCCUCCAUAUGCCAAUGGUGACCUUCACAUGGGACAUGCUCUGAACAAGAUUUUGAAGGAUAUGAUCAACCGCUAUAAGCUUCUUCAAAACUAUAAAGUUUAUUAUAUACCUGGUUGGGAUUGUCAUGGCUUACCAAUCGAGUUGAAAGUUUUGCAGUCACUGGAUGAAAAUACUAGAAAGGAUCUCACACCAGUAAAAUUAAGAGCCAAGGCAGCUAAAUUUGCCAAAGCAACUGUCAAAACUCAAAUGACUUCAUUUAAGCGUUAUGGAGUGUGGGCAGACUGGGAUAAUCCAUAUCUAACUCUUGAUCCAGAAUAUGAAGCUGCUCAGAUUGAAGUGUUUGGCCAAAUGGCAAUCCAAGGUUAUAUUUAUAGAGGUAGGAAACCAGUUCACUGGAGUCCCUCAUCACGAACUGCUCUUGCAGAGGCUGAGUUAGAGUAUCCAGAAGGGCAUGUUUCAAGAAGCAUAUAUGCUAUUUUCAGAAUGGUUAGUGCACCUCCAGCUUCUGGUGGCUUAUUAAAGGACUAUUUCCCAGAUUUAUGCUUGGCUAUAUGGACUACAACUCCCUGGACUGUUCCAGCCAAUGCUGCUGUUGCUGUGAAUGCCAAGCUUCAAUAUGCCAUAGUUGAAGUACAAUCACUCUCAGAAGAUGUCUUAUCUGCUGGAAAUAAAAAUCGACAGCUUGGAAAUGUUCUGAAGGAGGAAAAGAAGCCUUUUCUAAUUGUAGCUUCAGAUCUUGUGUCAACAUUAGAGGCUAAAUGGAGUGUAAAGCUUGUUGUCAGGAAAAUUAUGUUGGGUUCAGAUCUUGAAAAUUGCAGGUAUAUACAUCCAAUCAGUAAUAAAGAAUGUCCUGUUGUCAUUGGAGGAGAUUAUAUUACUACAGAAUCAGGAACUGGACUGGUCCAUACAGCUCCUGGACAUGGCCAGGAAGACUAUGUGACUGGCAUGAAGUACGGACUGCCAUUACUUUCCCCUGUCGACGAUGAUGGGAAGUUCACCGAAGAAGCCGGACAAUUCAAUGGGCUUGAUGUACUCGCUGAUGGUAAUGUUGCUGUUGUGAAAUACUUGGAUGAGCAUUUGUCACUUAUUAUGGAAGAAUCUUAUGCACACAAGUAUCCAUAUGAUUGGAGAACCAAAAAGCCCACAAUAUUUAGGGCAACUGAGCAAUGGUUUGCGUCAGUUGAAGGAUUUCGCCAAGCUGCUAUGGAGGCAAUUGGUCAUGUAAAAUGGAUUCCCUCUCAGGCAGAGAACAGAAUUUCUGCGAUGACUACUAGUCGGUCUGAUUGGUGUAUAUCACGCCAAAGGACAUGGGGUGUUCCAAUUCCAGUCUUUUAUCACGUGCAAACAAAGGAACCUCUGAUGAAUGAAGAGACUGUUGAUCAUAUCAAGUCUAUAAUAGCCGAAAAGGGUAGUGAUGCCUGGUGGUACAUGAAGGUGGAGGAUCUUCUCCCUGGUAAAUAUCGCGAUCAAGCAUCAGAGUAUGUAAAAGGGACUGACACGAUGGAUGUAUGGUUUGAUUCAGGUUCUUCUUGGGCUGCGGUUUUGGGAACAAGGAAGGACCUUAGUUUUCCUGCAGACUUGUACCUUGAAGGCACAGAUCAGCAUCGUGGAUGGUUCCAGAGUUCAUUAUUAACAAGCAUUGCUACAAAAGGAAAGGCACCAUAUUCUGGUGUUAUAACACAUGGAUUUGUAUUGGAUGAGAGAGGUCUAAAAAUGAGCAAAUCUUUGGGCAAUGUUGUAGACCCACAAAGUGUGAUUGAAGGAGGAAAAAACCAGAAGGAAGCACCUGGUUAUGGAGCUGAUGUAUUACGGCUCUGGGUUUCCAGUGUAGAUUAUACUAGUGAUGUACUGGUCGGUCCUCAAGUUCUCCGCCAAAUGUCUGACAUUUAUCGGAAGCUGCGAGGAACAUUGAGAUACCUUUUGGGAAAUCUUCAUGAUUGGCAUGCUGAUAAUGCUGUUCCAUAUCAUGAUCUUCCCAUGAUUGAUCGACAUGCUCUAUUUCAGCUUGAAAAUGUUGUAAAGAACAUUAGAGAGAGCUAUGAAAACUAUCAGUUCUUUAAGAUCUUUCAGGUCAUACAACGAUUUGUCAUUGUUGACCUAUCAAAUUUCUAUUUCGAUGUUGGAAAAGAUCGGCUUUAUGUUGGGGGUACAACAAGUUUGACAAGGAGAAGCUGUCAAACAGUUCUUGUGGCGCAUCUCUUUUCCAUUGUGAAAGUGAUAGCUCCCAUAUUGCCACAUUUGGCUGAAGAUGUCUGGCAGAACCUCCCCUUCCAGUAUACUAAAGAGGAUGGAACUGUUGCUGAAUUUGUUUUUGAAUCAGGAUGGCCAGCUUGGAAUCAAACAUGGCUUUCUUUUCCUAUUGAAGAGUUUGAAUUCUGGGGAAAGGUUCUCGAGCUGCGGACUGAGGUGAAUAAAGUCUUAGAGGGUGCUCGUAUUGAAAAGUUGAUUGGCUCCAGUUUGGAAGCCAAAGUUUAUCUGUAUACUUCUGAUGCUAGCUUAGCCUCUAGAUUGCGUGAAAUGUGUGAGUCUUGCAAUGAUGCAGACACAUUGCAUCGCAUAUUCAUAACAUCUCAGGCUGAGAUCCUUCCGGCAAUGAAAAAAGAAGUAAUUGAAAACAUUCCGCACAGCGGAGAAUGCCUGAUUGAAGGGACAACUAAAAUAUGGAUUGGUGUGUCCCGUGCUGAGGGCAGUAAGUGUGAAAGGUGCUGGAAUUUUUCACCUCAAGUUGGUUCCUUUUCAGAGCAUCCAACUCUUUGCAGCCGUUGUUACAAUGUGGUAAGUGUUAAACGAUCUCCAGCUAUAGCAAUGGCCUCUUGAGAUUUAUCAUGCAAGAUGAGGAUCUAAUUUCUCAACAGAGCCAACAGAGCUGAGGAUAUAAUUAAUAUUUAUAUAUUAAUUAUGUUGAGUAACAUAUAUGGGCACAUAAAGUACAACUUGUUUUUCAUACCACUCAAUUUUGGAAGGUCGAUUUAUUUUUUAAUCUUUGGCAUUAAUAAGUGCUAUAAAGCCUUUUACAGCACAUCUUAUGCCACAUUAUGACUCUAGAAUAUAACUUAACGCCUCAUAGCAGCUUACACUGUCUUUUCGUGUUAUACGCAGUUUUAAACUUUUCGUUUCAAA